AGCCCUUGACUUUGCCAGAGAGCCGGCCUUAGGUGGGGAGCAGUCAUGUCCACUGCCUCUGUGGGCUGCGUCGGGUUUGAGAGGAGAAGCUCCCAGGGAACCAGUUACAUUGGUGAUAACACUAACCAGAAUGGUGCGAUAUCCCUGAUUUUCUCUCUCAAAGAAGAGGUUGGAGCUCUGGCCAAAGUCUUGCGUCUAUUUGAGGAGAAUGCUAUAAAUCUGACUCACAUUGAAUCCAGACCCUCUCUUCUAAACAAAGAUGAGUAUGAGUUCUUCACCAACCUGGAUAAUCGGAGUUUCCCUGCUCUUGAUGACCUGAUCAAGAGCUUAAGACAUGAUAUUGGUGCCACUGUGCAUGAGCUUUCCCGGGACAAGAAGAAAGACACAGUACCAUGGUUUCCAAGAACAAUCCAAGAGCUCGACAGAUUUGCCAACCAGAUCCUUAGCUAUGGGGCAGAACUGGAUGCAGAUCACCCAGGUUUUAAAGAUCCUGUUUACCGGGCCAGGCGGAAGCAAUUUGCUGACAUUGCCUACAACUACAGACAUGGACAACCAAUCCCAAGAGUAGAGUACACUGAGGAAGAGAAGAAAACAUGGGGCAUGGUGUUCAAGACCUUGAAGUCUUUAUAUAAAACUCAUGCCUGCUAUGAACACAAUCACAUCUUCCCUCUUCUGGAAAAAUAUUGUGGUUUCCAAGAAGACAACAUUCCACAGCUGGAGGAUGUUUCUCAGUUUCUUCAAAGCUGUACUGGAUUUCGCCUCCGACCUGUGGCUGGCCUGCUCUCCUCUAGGGACUUCCUGGGCGGCCUGGCAUUCAGGGUAUUCCACUGCACACAGUACAUCAGACAUGGAUCUAAGCCGAUGUACACACCAGAACCUGAUAUCUGCCAUGAACUAUUAGGGCAUGUUCCAUUGUUUUCUGAUCGAAGUUUUGCUCAAUUUUCCCAGGAAAUUGGCCUGGCUUCUUUGGGUGCCCCUGAUGAAUACAUUGAGAAACUUGCAACGAUCUAUUGGUUUACGGUGGAGUUUGGCCUCUGCAAACAGGGGGAUUCCAUAAAGGCAUAUGGUGCUGGGCUCCUGUCUUCAUUUGGAGAAUUACAGUACUGUUUGUCUGAUAAACCUAAGCUUCUGCCCCUGGAGCUAGAAACAACAGCAGUCCAAGAGUACCCCGUCACCGAAUUCCAGCCUGUAUAUUUUGUAGCUGAAAGCUUCAGUGAUGCCAAAGAGAAAGUGAGGGCUUUUGCCUCAACAAUUCCUCGACCCUUCUCAGUGCGUUAUGACCCGUAUACCCAAAGGAUUGAGGUUCUGGAUAAUACUAAACAGCUCAAAAUUUUGGCUGACUCCAUCAGCUGUGAAUUUGGAAUCCUCUGCAGUGCUCUUCAGAAAAUAAAAUGAAGAUAUGUACCAGAUUUUGGAAUAUCAACUUGUUGCCAAUGUGCAUGGAAAUCAGAGUAUUCUUUAUUGAUGCUAUCUAAAAUAUCAGAAUUGUCAAUUUUAUAAGUAGUCAAAAACUAAACAUGUUUCAUUUAAUUUUAAAUGACUAUAUAUUAGCUCACACAUAGUUCUAUCCUAUUGGUCUUUCUUGAAUCCUCUCUGAUUGGAGAAAAUCAUUCAAUUUUUAUCCUAUCUAGUUUUGACAGUGAUCUCCCACACAAAAAAGUAAAGUCAAUAAUAAAUUUAGGAUAAAUAUUAUUCAAAGUUGCAAAGAGUGACAGGUCCAGGAUAAAAUUCCACCUCUCACACUGAAUAGUUGUGCAAGCUUGGAGAAGUCACUUCUCCCUCACCUUUUGGCUUUGGUUUCCCUGAUCUUUUACAUGAGGGAUAUGUUAAAUAUAAUUUGAUUCAGAACAAUUUCAUUAAGCAUCUACCAUUUUCCAGGUGUUGGAGAUAAAAGGAAAACAAAACAGUCCUUCCCCUAAAGAAGCUUACAAUUCAAUGGGGGGAGGCAUGACAUAGGGGAGAGGUACUGAUUCUGUGAUUUCCCUAUAAAGAGAAAUCUCAGGUGAGAAAAUGUCCUCUAUCAAUUCAGGCAAACAUCUUUCCUGAAAUGUAUUGUUUAAGAUAUCAAGAGGAUAAGAAAUUUGAUACAGAUAAUAAGUAAAUAAAAAAUAUACACUGGAUUUUAGGGAGAGGGAAGAGCACUAAAAAAAAUGGGAUUGAGAGAAUCGGGAAUACUUAGCUCCUCAGAUCCUAAGUUUAGAACUGUCAGGGACCUUAGAGGUCACUUCAUCUAAUCUGCUCAUUUUUACAGAUGAAGAAACUAAAUCCCAGAGAGAUCAAGUUCGUUGCCCAAGGUUACAAAGGCAUAAGUGGCAGAAUUAUGGAUUUGAAUCUAGGUCCUCUGAUUCCAGAAUCUGUGAUCUUACCAUUUCAUCAUACUGUCUCUCGAGUGUUGAGCUUCUUAUUGUUAUUGCAUGGAUCAAUUGGCAAAAGCUAUCUAAAGUUCUUUGCAAAACUUAAAAUGCCAUGGAAAGACAAACUACUUUUAUUAUUAGUUUAUUAUUAGUUUGUCACCUGAUAAUGCAUUCCUGAAAGAUUUGUCCUACUCAGCUGUGAAGAUCACACACACAGCAUCCAUGUAUGAGUGUGCAUAUGUAUAUAUCCAUGAGAAUCAAACCUGCUGGCUCUGCAUUAAAUUCUAACCGGUACAAUUUCCUACUUGAAUAAACCACAUUUCAAAAUCAUGCUUCCUUUACUCCAGAAGACAGUGAAGAUACAUUCAAUAAAUGAUGUUACAUGGAGUCCCCUGAAA